GUUGAUAACACGUUAUUGCAUGUGAGGACUGAGGGCAGACACACAAAGAUUAAAGGCGAGGUGCAGGAGAUGGUAUGUGCCCACCCAUUGCAGACAUGGGCAGCUUGCCGCCAUGUGAUCCAUGACUGGGUUUAAAAGCUUAUGGCCCACAGAGAACGGCACAGUAUACAAUUCCCCACUGAGCCUCGUCUGCAGCGUACAUCACACUCUCUGGGUGCUGCAUCCUUAACAUGUCGGACACAGAGGAAGCAACGUACGAGGGACAACAAGACGAGGAUAUUGUUGCAGAUGCCUCAGAGGAGAAUGAAGGAGAAGAGGCAAAGCCCAAGUCAAAGCCUGGUUUUGUGCCUUGCUUGGCAGCUCCCAAAAUCCCAGAGGGAGAAAAAGUGGACUUUGAUGACAUCCAUCGAAAACGGAUGGAAAAGGACCUGACGGAGCUCCAGACUCUGAUUGAAGCUCACUUUGAGAAGCGUAAGAAGGAGGAAGAAGAGCUCCUUAGCCUCACAGCUCGCAUUGAGAAACGCAGGUCAGAGAGAGCAGAGCAGAUGAAGAUCAGGGCGGAGAGGGAAAGAGAACGGCAGAACAGAGUAGCUGAAGAGAAAGCGAGAAAAGAGGAUGAGGAAGCAAAAAAGAAAGCAGACGAAGAUGCCAGGAAGAAGAUGAUUCUGUCCAACUUGACUUUCACUGGAUAUAAGGUGAUGUUUUUUUGUUUUUUUUUGCACACAACAUACAGUAUAAUCACAUCACCACAUGUUUCCUCUCCUCCUGACCAACAGACACAGACCGGGCCAAAAAGACAAACAGAAAGAGAGAAGAAGAAGAAGAUCCUCAAUGAUCGACGAAAAGAGUUAGAUAUAGAUCAAAUGAAAGAAGACAAACUCAGGGAGAAAGCGAAGGAGCUGUGGGACUGGAUUCGUCAGCUGGAGGCGGAGAAAUUUGAGUUUCAGUACAAGCACACGAAGCAGAAGUAUGAGGUCACCGUGCUGAGAAACCGGGUCAGUGAUCAUCAGAAAGUAUCAAAGGGUGGCAGAGGCAAGCGCGGCCUGAGGAAGUAACAUCCAACAUCCACCUGAGGAACACUGGCCAUGGAAUUACUGAGAGUAGCAUGAAUGUGCUUUCUUAAUACUUGAACAUGCAAGAAUAAAUUACAAUCCCGAAAAUAUCCUCUUAAACGUGUGACCUGUGAAAUGAAGUGCAUGCUGAGUUCAUCUGCAGGAAUGUAGCAGUAUAGUAGACAGUCUCUGAUUUCCUUAUUUAAUAUAUCCGACCUCUAAAAGUGAAGUUGAAACUAAUUAUUUGGUUCUUGUGUGUAUGAAUUUGUGGUUUAAAAGUCUUUAUUUAAUAAAUCGCAUAUUGUGUCCUCUUUC